AUGAACUGGGACGGAGAACCGCUUCAAGCACCCAACUCUAUCUUUGUCACCUGGGAGACUGCUCACAGUACCGGCGAUCAGAUCAUCUUCGCGGCCGAUAGCGAGGGAAAGUCUCUUCUGACCUAUGCCUGCGACGACAAGAUAACUCUCAAUGGUGUCGCUAUCCAAGUCUCUGCCGACGAGUCGGGUAACGGAGAUAUCACCGUCGGAGAUGCACGCUACCCUCUCGAAUUCGAGAUUGCUAGGUCUGGUGGCGUUGUAUGUGAAGCCCGGUGGAAUGCUGAUAUAACCGCUGUCGAAUGUGAGAUCCCGUGGACUGCUGGAGGGCUUGACCUUGACGAAAUUCUUCCGCAUAAUAUCACGGCAGAGUGUCUUGGUCGUGCUGCUGAAGAUGACCUCGCCAUGGUCGGUGUCUUGACCGAAGACGAGAUGCAGAUAUUCCCAGGUGUUGUCGAAGAAGAAGAACCACAACCAUUGGACCCAAAACAGCUGCAGUCCCGUCAAUGCUGGGACCAAGCCCCUGUUGUUCGCAGGAAGGGCAACGGAAAUCCGAAGAAGUGGAGGCUCCACAAGCAAAUUACAGACCGCAUUAACUGCGGUAAAGGCGACUGUGAAAUGAGCGCUGGAAAAGAGUGGUCCGUCACUCACUCAGCUAGCUUUUCUCUCGAGGGUCUGGGAAAAGCUAGUUGGAUCAGCGGCGGCUACUCAGUAGCGUGGACAAGAGGAAACUCACAGACAGCGACCUGUGCCGGUUCAAAAGGCCAGACUAUCUGUGUUGCACAUUGGCAUGAUCACCAGGAGUAUACUGUGGAGAGAGAACGGUGGAACACUUGCGCGUUGAGCCCAAGAAAGGAUUCUUACUACACCUAUUCGCCUUCAACUAAAGGGAGUAGACAAUCAUUCUACUGUAAGCGAUCGAACUGCAAGGGGUCUGGUCACAGCGGAUGGGUAAAGAAGGGCAAUGGUGUCUGGUAA